UUGACGCUAAGAAGUUCCAUAAGAAAUUCCAAAGUCCAACCCGCACAUGGCAAUUGUAUUAUCUUUAUGUCUAAAAAAUUGUGAUAAUAUUUUAAUAUUGUUCGCACGUGCUGGGGAUACUAGUGAAGCAGAUGGAGCUGGUUGUACAUGUAAAGAAGAUUAGGUAGUGGAUGUACAGAGAUGCCACUCCUUGUGACCAAACAACCUUCCUCCCCUUUUCAUCUUUUACGUCGGAGACUGUUAGUUGAUGUAUCAAAAAACCAACCCCGCCCCAAUUUUCAGACUUAAACGAAAUAUAAUUGUUAUGUCGUUUGACAAUUUUGUCAUUGUAAUUGAUACCCAGCAAUUGUCAUCUCUAAUAGAAAAAGAGAGUGUCAGUAUCUCUCUCCCAUGUUUUAGUAGCCCAUCGUUUACCCCUUUUAAAACGACCUGAGUUAAGAAUUAAAAGCUCAACACCCAACAAAAAAACAAGAAGCAGAGUUCAUUCAAAGGGCAAAGAGUAGAAGCUGCUUCACCACCAAGUUGUAAGCUGAAGAUUAUGCAUUAAUUUUAUUUCAAUAAUGUUCGAUUAAGGUGUUGGUUAUUAUUUUGUUUUGAUUCAAUAAUUUGAUGAUCUGGGCAAUCAUCAGAUCAACUCAAGAAUAUCCCGUUUGGAUUCCAAGAAAAAGAAAAACAGAACAAGAGGGAAAGUGGUAGUGAAAGUUAAGCAAAAGAAGGAAAGCAAAAUGGCCGGGGGAGCUUUUGCCGUUGAUGGGCCAGCCAGCGCUCUUUACGGCAAAAUAACAGUGGCCGUAGUGAUCACGUGCAUCGUUGCUGCUUCCAGUGGCCUCAUCUUUGGUUAUGACAUUGGAAUUUCAGGGGGUGUGACAACAAUGGUACCAUUUCUAAGCAAAUUUUUCCCAUCCGUACUAAAGAAGAAAGAAGAAGCCAAAACAAACUUAUACUGCAUGUAUGAUAGCCAGGUCUUGACAGCAUUCACGUCCUCGCUCUACAUAGCAGGUUUAGUAGCAUCACUUGGAGCUAGCCGUCUCACUGCCUUAUUGGGCCGCAGGAACAUCAUGAUCUUAGGUGGCUGCACUUUCCUUGUUGGAGCUGCUAUUAACGGCGGGGCUGCCAACAUUGCUAUGCUCAUAUUAGGCCGUAUUUUGCUCGGAUUUGGUGUCGGUUUUACCAACCAAGCUACUCCUGUUUACCUCUCAGAGGUGGCACCUCCCAGGUGGCGUGGUGCAUUCAACACGGGCUUUCAGUUCUUUAUAGGGAUAGGCGUGGUGGCAGCCAAUUGCAUAAAUUAUGGCAUGGCUAAGCAUAGCAGGGGCUGGCGUGUAUCGCUUGGCCUUGCUAUGGUUCCUGCUGCUUUCAUGACAAUAGGAGCGUUACUAAUUUCGGACACGCCUAGCAGCUUGGUGGAACGUGGUAAGCUAGCUCAAGCCAAGAAAUCUUUACAAAAGGUCAGAGGAUCAAAAACUGAUGUGGAACCAGAGUUGAAUGAUCUUAUUAAGACCAGCGAAAUCACUAAAUCCAUCAAUCAAGAGCCAUUUGUGACCAUAUUCCAGAGGCAAUACCGGCCUCACCUUGUGAUGGCAAUUGCUAUACCCUUUUUCCAACAGCUCACUGGCAUCAAUAUCAUAGCAUUUUAUGCACCGAUCCUGUUUCAAUCCGUAGGAUUUGGAAGUGACUCUGCUUUGAUAGGAGCGAUCAUAUUGGGGGUGGUUAACCUUUGUUCGAUCCUAGUGUCUACAUUCGUGGUUGAUCGAUUUGGUCGUAGAUUCUUGUUCCUAUUGGGCGGGAUUCAAAUGUUUGUCUGUCAGGUUGGGGUGGCUUGCUUGCUAGCUGUGACAACAGGGGUUUCUGGUACCAAGAACAUCUCCAAGGGCUAUGCCAUAUUAGUACUAGUGCUGAUGUGCAUCUAUGCUGCUGGUUUUGGAUGGUCGUGGGGGCCUUUGAGCUGGCUUAUUCCAAGUGAGAUAUUCCCUCUUAAAAUUCGAUCCCAGGGACAAAGCAUCAGUGUGGCUGUCAAUUUUGCUACCACAUUUGUGCUAUCCCAAACAUUUUUAACCAUGCUAUGCCACUUCAAGUACGGUACAUUCCUAUUCUAUGCCGGUUGGAUCUUAGUCAUGACCCUUUUUGUUGCAAUUUUACUACCGGAGACCAAAGGAAUCCCUUUGGACUCUAUGCAUGUAGUGUGGGAGAGGCAUUGGUUUUGGCGUUGGUUUGUUCAACUCCAAACCGAACCACCCAGAGUCAAUGAACAUUUUGCUUCUACGCUGAAUUAAAAUUAGCCAGGAGAGUUAGGGAUCUCUAUAUAUAUAUAAGGUUAUAUUUGUUUAGAACUAUGUGAAAACAAUAGAUUUGCCUUUGUUGUGUAAAAGCUAUGCAUUUCCUCCACAAAAGAAAAAGGACAAAAGACAAAAGAAAAAUAAUACUAUACAGAUGCCUUUGUUGUGUUAGCCUUGAUUGAGCUCAAUAUAGAAGGUUAUCAUUGGUGGUCAUUAUCAUAUAAGCUGUCUUAAAUGGUUAAUUCCAAUAUUAGAUGGUUUCAUGACUUUUAUUUUAUCCAUUUCUGAUAAUUUAUAUAUUUGAAGUUGUAAUUUAGCCAAAACCAUUGGGAUUUUUCUCUUUGGAUCAUUUAGAUUUGUGCAAAGAUAUGUAAUUUAUCAUAUUGAUAUAGCAAUAACGUUCAAGUGUACAAUUUUCAUUUUCA